UGAUUUAUUGGCAUUAUGUGUGCAUGGGCAAUGUAUUGUCUCGAUGUCGGGUCUCUUAUCUAGCAUCUCACGGGAGUCUGAUUGAUGCCUUCCAUUCGCCGUUAAAGUGCUGGUGGAGCUCAGCUCGGUGUUUGUUGCUGCUAAACCGGAUUAAGUAAAGACUCGAGGGAUGCAUAAGUGGAGGUCAUCUCGGUCUUUCGACACUUCAUUGAUGCUUAUUGGUCCGUGUGUUAUAAUAGUCGGUAGCCUAGGCUUGCUUACACUUCCACUAGUCAUUAAUCGAGUAUGGUCAUAUUUUUGUCACGGCUUGGCCCCGCAGCAGCGCCCUCAAAUCCGUCAAUAUCGUUGCAGGUUGCAUGAGAAUGACAUCAAGAAGGCAGGAGGGAAACUGGGCUGGCUUUUGGCAAUAUAGUCAAACGAGUAGUUAAGAGGACCGCAUCCCGCUCCCUGAGUCCACGAUCUCUAUCUCUUCGUCUACG